AUGGAGAAUCACUAUGCUUGGGGAUGGAGGAGUGGGAAAGACUGCCUUGGCUGUGCAGUACACGAUGAACAGUUUUAUAGGUGGGUAUCUAUCGUUCUGUUCUCUGGCUUCAUGCUGACUUGUUUUGCAGAGACAUACGAUCCCACCAUCGAAGAUGCCUUUCGCCACUCGGUCAUUGUCGACGACGAGAUGACAUAUCUCGAGAUUGUCGACACAGCAGGCCAAGAGGAGUAUGCAACACUGCGGGACCAAUGGAUCCGAGAAGGGGAAGGGUUCAUACUCGUCUACUCGAUUGCCUCGCGCCGUUCGUACGACAGGAUAAAAACGUUUCAAGACUCGAUUGUCCGAGUCAAGCGCGGUGCUCGUCCCGUAUUCAUGCUCGUCGGUAACAAGUCCGACAAGACAGGCGAGCGAGAGGUGUCCAAGGAAGAGGCUCUCACUCUCAGCCGAUCAUGGGGCUGUCCAUUCAUGGAAACGAGCGCCAAAACAGCACACAAUGUCGAACGCAUGUUCAGCGAUACGAUUCGUACACUCAGGCAAGCACGCGAUGGCGACAGUUAUAACCGUCCGAAACCUUCGGCUACGGGUGGUGGUGGUGGCGGUGGUGGCGGCCAGGCUGAACGACGCAGGCGGCGGUGCGUUAUUUUCUAG